AUGGGCAAACCCCAGGAGUUCAAGGUGGAGGUGGAGAAGUCGUUCCUGUACACGCUGUACCACUCCCUGCACCACUACAAGUACCACACCUUCCUGCGCUGCAAGGACGAGACGACGGCCAUCGAGGGCCGCGCCGAGGACCUGGGCCAGGAGGAGGUGGUGCAGCGCUGCAUGCGCAACCAGCCCUGGCUCGAGCGCCUCUUCGACUCCUUCAGCGACCUCCUGGCCCAGGCGCGCGCCAAGUGCGCCUGAC